CAGAGCAUAUGCGGAGCCGCACUUAUCUGCUCAUUCUCCUCCUGUCAUUCCGCCUUCUAUCUUUGAUCAUUGUCCCACCGCGCUCAGCCCAAACCCUCGCUCACCACGUAUUUUCAGCAUCUCUUUCUACUCCCCAACUCAUCAGAGGAGCUAAACUCCCGUGGAAUCUUUCAUUUGGAGUUUCUCGACUGCCGCACUUUUUUCCGCAGGAGUGGUUUUUAUACUUUGAACUUACUCUUCUUCCCCUAGGUGACCAUGGCCGUACCGGCUGCUUUGAUCCAGCCAAUCCCUCUGGUCCAGACGCCUUCGAUCUCCACUCCUUCCGCGACCACGUCCCCGCCGUCAACAACUUCUUCCCCGUCUCCCUCCGUGGGCCCAUCCGGCCAGAACCUGUUCCGCACGGAGCUCCUCGCCAACAGUAGCCCCGGCAUCUCGACCCCGACCGGGACUCUGCCCAGCAAGCCAGUCUACUCGACCCCGUCGCCUGUUGAAAACACCCCGCAGAACAACGAGUGUAAAAUGGUAGAUCUGCGGGGGGCGAAGGUGGCGUCUUUCACCGUGGACGGCUGCGAACUCAUCUGCCUGCCCCAGGCGUUCGAUCUGUUCCUGAAGCACCUGGUCGGAGGACUGCACACCGUGUACACCAAGCUGAAGAGACUGGAGAUCACGCCGGUGGUGUGCAAUGUGGAGCAGGUCCGCAUCCUGCGAGGUCUAGGGGCCAUCCAGCCAGGAGUCAAUCGCUGCAAACUCAUCUCCAGAAAAGACUUCGAGACUUUGUACAAUGACUGCACCAAUGCCAGCUCCAGACCAGGCAGACCUCCCAAGAGGACCCAGAGUGUGACAUCGUCAGAGAACCCACACAUCAUGCCUCACUCUGUCCCUGGCCUCAUGUCCCCUGGAACCUUCCCAUCCUCAGGGCUGACAGCAGCAGCGGCGGCAGCUGCCAACGCGGCCAUCGCCGAAGCCAUGAAGGUGAAGAAGAUCAAGCUGGAGGUGAUGAGCGGCUACCACGGCAACGCCAACCAGCAUGGGGCAGACAGUGAGAACGGAGACGUCAGCUCCAGUGUGGGUUUGGAACUGCCCUUCAUGAUGAUGCCCCAUCCCCUGAUCCCGUGCAGCUUGCCCCCUGCUUCUGUCACCAUGGCAAUGAGCCAGAUGAACCACCUUAGCACCAUCGCCAACAUGGCCGCCGUCGCACAGCAACAGAGCCUGCCCUGCAGAAUGGUCACUUCAGUCAUCAAGGACCAGGAUUGGGAAACACUGUUAUAUUCCAACAUGGCCGAUGUGGCACAGCAGCAGAGCCUGCCCUGCAGAAUGGUCACCUCAGUAAUCAAGGAGCGUGUCCCAGACAGUCCCUCCCCCACCCCUUCCUUAGAGGACGGCAGGAGGCCCGGCAGCCACCCGUCGUCCCACCGCAGCAGCAGUGUUUCCAGCUCACCGGCCCACACAGAGAGCUCCUCAGACAGGAUACGUACGUCCCCCUAUUCCCUCCCCAUGCAACGAGUCAGACUGGCUAACUGCGUGUUCAGUUCCGCAACCAUACAUCAGAAUGGUCUUUCUAUGAACCAAAUGAACCAAGCUCUGCUGGGCCUCUCCCCUAGCAUUCUGCCUGGGCCUAAAGAAGGCGACCUGGCCCACGACAUGAGUCACGAAGCAAAGAGGAUGCACAAAGACGACAAUCCAAUGUGCACCCCAACGGCGAGAGACAGCUACGAGAGGCUGUCAUUGACUGGACAGGGUCUACCACCUGGCUUCCCUUCGCCAUUCCUGUUCCCAGACGGCCUGUCAUCUAUUGAGACUCUUCUCACUAACAUACAGGGCCUGCUGAAGGUUGCGAUUGACAACGCACGGGCCCAAGAGAAGCAGGUGCAGCUGGAGAAGACGGAGCUAAAGAUGGAGCUGUUCAGGGAAAGAGAGCUCCGGGAGACCCUGGAGAAACAGCUCGCUAUCGAACAGAAGAACAGAGCAAUAAUCCAGAAGCGCUUGAAGAAGGAGAAGAAGGCAAAGAGGAAACUUCAGGAGGCUCUGGAGUACGAGUCCAAGAGGAGGGAGCAGGCCGAGCAGUCCCUCAAACAGCCCUCACCCUCAGAAGGCCUGCGCUCACUCAAUGACUCACUGACCCCAGAGACGGAGAGUGACCGCAGCGCUGGAAGAACAGAUGCUGAGAGGACAAUACAAGAUGGAAGACUGUUCUUGAAAACCACAGUGAUGUACUGAUAAGAAGAUGAUGAGGAGAGCUAAAGGGGAAAACAAUCCCAUGAAGAUACUCAAGAGCCCUUAUCCAGGCAGAUUUAGUAACAGAAACAAGUCUCGCUGCGUUUACUGUAGCAGUUCAUUGGAAGUGUGUUUGGCAAAAUGCCGGAGAAGGGUUGUGUCUGAAUGUAGAAUUAGAACACUUUUUCUUACAGAUAUCAACAUAAUAUAGUAGCUAAAGCAGGUUUUGAUGCAGUGAGGUGGGUUGUUUUCUAAGGAUAAACACAUUUCUAGCACAGUAAAAAAUUACCAAGGGGUACACUGUUGG